AUGAAAAGCGGAAAGAUUUAUUGGGCAUUUAUUUUCUCUCUUCGCACAAUCGUCAAGCUGGUAAGCAAAGAAGAGAUUGCGCGGGAACGAGAAGAGAAGAAGAGGAUCGAAGCAGAGAAACAAAGAAAAAAGGAAGAGUUAUUGAAAGCGCAGAAAGCGAAGGAAGAACAGAAGAAGAUACCGCCGCAAGAGAUGUUCCGACGGGAAACUGACAAGUACUCUCAAUUUGAUGAUAAGGGCCUUCCGACCCACGAUCUAGAAGGCAAGGAAGUCAGCAAAGGCGCUUUGAAGAAGCUGCAGAAACUCCAGCAGGCACAGGAGAAGAAAUAUAAUGAAUAUCUCGCUUCAAUUAAAAGUUAA